GGCGGAGGGAUAGCAGAAGCUUCAGGACAGUGAGAGCUCGGCAGCGAGAGAGACGGGCUAUACGUUGCUGCAGAUAGAGUAGGGGACGUGGAAAGAUUUCGUUAUACGCAUUUGCGACGAAAGCAAAUGUAAACUUUGGGAUAAUACAGCUAGACGUUUGAGCUGCCAUCACUUUACGACUUGGUGUUCAACAGUGGAAUAUAAAAAUGUCGUCUCCAAGUCCGGGUAAAAGGCGAAUGGAUACUGACGUGGUGAAACUCAUCGAGAGCAAGCACGAAGUCACAAUCCUCAGUGGACUCAAUGAAUUUGUAGUGAAGUUUUAUGGACAACAAGGAACAGCGUACGAGGGGGGCGUAUGGAAGGUGCGAGUAGAUCUACCGGACAAAUACCCUUUCAAAUCCCCAUCAAUAGGAUUCAUGAAUAAAAUCUUCCAUCCCAACAUCGAUGAAGCGUCAGGAACAGUGUGUUUAGAUGUCAUCAACCAGACGUGGACAGCCCUUUACGAUCUCACCAAUAUCUUUGAGUCGUUCCUGCCUCAGCUGCUGGCUUACCCCAACCCCAUCGACCCGCUGAACGGAGACGCGGCCGCCAUGUACCUCCACCGACCAGAGGAGUACAAACAGAAAAUCAAAGAGUACAUCCAGAAAUAUGCAACAGAGGAGGCUCUCAAGGAGCAGGAGGAGGGCCAGGGCGACUCCUCAUCGGAAAGCUCCAUGUCGGAUUUCUCUGAAGACGAAGCCCAGGAUAUGGAGUUGUAGUGAUGGGAGACAACUCUCCUUUAAAACCACAGACUGUAUGAUUUCCUAACCAUGAGAAAGCAGACAUCAUAUUCAUAUAAGUUGAAUUUUUUAUUUUAUUAUUAUUAUUAUUAUUAUUAUUAUUGCUAAAACAAGGAUUUUUGUGGAUAUCAGGCCUCUGCGUAUAUCACACACCACCCGCUUUGUGUUUUUGCCAUGUCCCAGUCGCGUUCUCCUCCUUCAAUCCCUGUAAAGGUGUGUUGGAUUUAGCAGUCCCCACAUUCCACCGGUAGUUGGAAUGUCCCCUUUCACCCGGUGACCUUUGGCCUUACCCUCACUGCACCAACGACCGGACAAAAUGGAGACUAGCUCUAUGGGCUGGGCUGAAUAGGAGGUGGGAGGUGGGCACCGGGGGAUUUCCCUUCUCUUUAUCUCAUGAAUAUGUUGAAGAGGAGCUAGAGAGUUAGGUCAUAUUCAUGGUCAUGGCAAUUAUGGUCCAUGUCUUCAGCUGAAUUCGUACCUGUCUGGAUUUGAUUUUUGUUUGGAUUUGAAUUGGACGCAUCACCCUGCCGGCGUUGGUUGUCGACUUGUCCUGCUAGACAGAUGAUUGGGAAUUUUAAAGUAAUAUGAAAGAGGGGAAUUGCAGCUUUAAUAUCUAUUUUCUUUCACCAAUGUUGUUUUUCUGGUGUUCAUUUGUCAUUUGUGCUUUUCAUUUGGCUGGGGUUAGGAGCUGCCUCUGGUGUGUGUGCAGCACCUAGCUUGUACAGUGAUACUUCACCUUUCUCAUUAGAGCCUUAUGAACCCAGCCAGCGCGUCAGUCAAAGCGCUGACAUCGCUCUGAGCCUGUCCGAGCUGGUGUGGCUGUCGGACUACCUGUACCCCUUUAGAAAAGUACAUCACUUCCUGGAACGCCAUAGGUAUUAUGUAUCCACUGAAGUUUGUUAGGGGUGAAUACUGCCCAGGAUGAGGGGUUGAACGCUGGGGUGUUGGAAAGUGAGGUAGAAGAGGCCGACCUUACCUCACCGGCUACAGCACAGACACCCAACAAAUUCUCCUCUGCUCUGUUUUUGUAAAAGAAAAGAAAAGUUAAAGGAACGUAGAAAAAAAUCACAAGAAGCAUUUUUGUAUUAAAAAAAAAGAAAAGCACAAGGUUUUAUUUCCUACAAACUCCUCCCUCCUAGAUGAUUUGGACCUUGUUUAUUUUGGUGGCAAAGAUGGGAUUUUUUUUGGGGGGGGGGCAUCAUUCUGUACAGUUUGGGCAUGAUCCAGAAGUGAUGUUGUGUUGGUCUGUAUUGCGCUAGGCUAGUAUAGGGCUCAACUAAAGUAGUACUGCUUGUGUGGCUACUGUCUGAAGUAUUGAGUUGCGUUGUGUACAAGGCUUAGUGAUUUACCUGGGUUACCCUUCACUCUUAGAUGGGGGAAAAUGCAGGGGGGGAUAUCUGCAGGUCUUUUUUUGGCUAACAUUGUUGAAAUGACCAACUUUGCCUAUUGCUCGCGCUAAACUAUGAUAUGUGUUUUUGACUUGAUGUAGCGAUAGUCAGUUUACUGGGCGGUGUCUUCAACUAAAGACAUGUAUGGGUCUGAUAACUAAAACAACAAGAGCUGAUUUUAAGUUUGAAGGUAAUGUCCAUUGUAGGGUUUACAUCAGAUAUAACAUGGAUCUAUACCUGCUGGUCCCCUUCAGAGAUGUACAGAUCAACGUGAGAGUGAUUCCAGACAAUGGCAAUGAAUUGACUGGUGGAGAAACUAGACUGAAUGUAUGAUAGUCUGUGCAAAACAAAAGCAUUGGGCCCGAUGAAAGUAUCAGCCAAUGCGCAGUGUGAUCAAGGCCACAUCGGGAUAGAGCUUGGAUGGGAGACCAUGUUUUUAUCAGACAAUGCGCAGUGUGUGAUCAAGGCCACAUCGGGAUAGAGCUUGGAUGGGAGACCAUGUUUUUAUCAGACAAUGCGCAGUGUGAUCAAGGCCACAUCGGGAUAGAGCUUGGAUGGGAGACUGUUUUUACUUGUUUUUAAUUUCAGUGUUCCCUAAAAGCUUGACUGUUCAAGGCUCCAAGAUAAAGAUGGUCAAAUAUGGAUUGGGUUCCAAUCCAUUGCCUGGUGUAAGACAGGAAAGUGGGUUUGGGGUUCCCAUGUUUCCUCACAGGCCAAAUGGAGCCUGCAAAAACUGAAUGAUGUCACAAGGAUACGCAGCAGAGUACCUUGCAAUUUGGCUUCUGCUGUUUCCUGAGCUGCCUAUAUUUAUUCACUCUAUAUUGAAACCUUCGCUUUUCUUUCUCGUUUUUAAUCAAAUCAUUUACAAGCACCGCUGUUACAACAAAGGUGUAUGUACUUAGGCUUCAGCCAAAUUGUGUCAUGCUGAAGAGAAUUAGAACUUGAAUUUUCUUUCUAUUUUAAGUAUUCAGUUUGGAAUUAAUGAUUUUGUUUUUUUCACAUUUAUGCAGUAUUGUACUAAAGUGAAAAAGAAAGACAAAUAAAUCCCAUCAGAAUAAGUGGUGAAAGGCAAUGGAGGCCAUUUUGUGUUUUGGACACUUGCAUAGGGGAGAAAAUGUGAUAUUUCGGUAUUUUUAAAGAGUGUUGUCCUUGUUAUAACUACGUUGUUUUAUUUUCAAGCAGAAGUGUCGAUGUUCCCACAAACAGGGUGAUCCAAAGACGACAUGUACUCAGCUGUGGUCUGUUGCUAUAGGAAACAUUUUUGUUUUCUUUCACUCUCCCCCCCAAACUAAUUCAGUGAUGAGGACUAUUUAUAACCUUUGUUUUUCUGUUUGUUUUUAAUUCCCAAGUCGAGGACUCAAUGACACUUACAAUCCAAAAAUCUCCAAUAAACAUGAGUGUGCUUCCGUUGCAACUUUGAUUCAACAUUAUUUUUGAAAAGAUUGUGAAAAAGUUUUACUGCUUGAUUAGAUUUUUAGCCCCUCGCUCUCUUAAAUACAUUAGACCAUAGGUGUACCAAUGUGAUCUAAUUCCCCCCCAACACACUAUCAGCACUGACCCAAUGUGAGAUCUAAUUCCCCCCAACACACUAUCAGCACUGACCCAAUGUGAGAUCUAAUUCCCCCCAACACACUAUCAGCACUGAC